ACCGCCUUGCGCACCGAAGCCGGUUAUAACCGGUUAUCCGCUUCAUGCACAAGGCAAUAGCUGAGCGCUGAGGUCUCUUCAUCUCCUUGUGAUAAUCCUCGUCUUCUUAAACACCAUCUUAAUCAUGCCUGCAAGUAAAAUCUCAGUGAACGUUUCUCAGGGUAUCGCGACGAUAACCUUGAAUGAACCUCACCGUCUGAAUGCGCUGACACCAGAAGACUAUAACGAAUUUGCCAACUCUCUACGGGCCAUCGAUGAAAGAGAAGAUGUAGUAGCAACUGUAUGGAAAGCAAAUGGAAAGUGGUUCUGUGCUGGCACGGACGUGAAGCGCACGACAAGCAGCGAGCCGAACACUCCGACUACUCAACGCUCGAUGAGGGAUUGCCUCAUCAAUGGGGUAGUGGCCGCGAACACAGACUGCACACAUGCCAUCUAUAGUCACAGCAAAAUUCUUGUUGCAGCACUGAAUGGGCCGGUGAUGGGUAUAGCAGCUGCUUUCCUUGGCAACUUUGAUUUCAUAUAUGCCGUACCAGAAGCCUGGUUGAAUGUUGGCUUCCCAUUCCUAGGCAUUGCGGUGGAAGGAGGAGCUAGUGUUUCAUUUGUCAGCCGCAUGGGUAUCGCCAAGGCAAACGAGGUUCUCCUUCUUAAUAAGAAGAUUAGCGCAUCAGAAAUGCUUGAAUGUGGAUUCGUCAACAAAAUAUUUCCAUCGAAAUCAACAGAAGAAUUCCACUCUGCAGUUCAUCAACAUCUCAAGAAGGAACUCGAUGGUUUAGUUCCUGCCUCUAUCUUUGCCAUUAAAACCCUCAUCAAAGCUGGUUUGAACGAUAAGAACAACUUCCACGCCGUGAAUCUGCGAGAGAGUUAUGCCCAAGCGGAGAGAUUUAGUAGCGGAAUACCUGCUGAGCGCUUUGGCAAGAUUGCUAGGAAAGAAAUCAAGCAUAAAUUGUGAUCUAUGUGUGUAUAUUUGUCUUGCGAGUCUUGCCACCAACUAGCGCACCUGACUGACCAGGGACCACAUGUAUACCUGGCUAUUUUAGUCAUCAUACCCCCUACAACAGGAAUGUGGCAAUUUGUACGCGAGGAGAUUCCGAGGAGAUGCAAUAUAUUUGCGUGAUUCAUUUUUUCAA